AUGCAACACGAUGAUGUCAUAUGGAGUAUAAUAAAUAACUCUUUCUGCUCUUUCAAGACCAAAACGAAGACUAAAAAUUUAUGCAGACAUGAGUACAAUCUUACAGGUCUUUGCAACAAGAAUACAUGUCCUCUGGCCAACAGUCAGUAUGCAACAGUCAGAGAGGAAAAAGGAAUCUGCUAUUUGUAUAUGAAGGAAGUGGAAAGAGCUGCAUUUCCAAGUCGAUUGUGGGAGAAAAUCAGACUUGAUGAUAAUUUUGAUAAAGCAGUCAAACAAAUUAAUGAAAAAUUAAUUUACUGGCCACGGUUUAUAAGACAAAAAUGUCGAGAAAGGUUAAUAAAAAUCCGACAGUACCUGGCCAGAAUUAGGAAAAUUACACUCCGUGGAAAGCGGAAACUGGUUCCACUCCAAAGGAAGAUUGAACGAAGAGAAAAACGCCGAGAAGAAAAGGCUUUAGUGGCCGCGCAGUUGGACAAUGCCAUUGAAAAACAAUUGCUGGAACGUCUGAAAUCAGGAGCAGUAAGUCUGUUUAAUUUGUUUUUAUAA